AUGCACAAUUUCAAGAUACUGAAAAAUGAAGGGCAGUAUAGGGUAUGUGAGCAUCCUUACAAGUUACUGUUUAUUGGUGCUACAUCCGUGAAGUUGCAAGCUAUUGCUAAACUUCCAAUGAAAGCUUACAACUUUAAAAGUAUAAAAGAUAUUGUUAGUGGCAAUUUUAUUCCUGACUUGCUUAUAGACUUGAUUGGUGUCGUUGAGAAUGUGAGAAUUAAGCCUCAGUUUAAAAGUGUAGAGUCAAAAAACGUGGUGUUUACUUUGGUGGAUCUCAGUGGUGCUGCUAUUUGUUGUACAUUGUGGGAUGAAUAUUGCAAGAAGUUUAUACAGAGGUACAAUGACGUAGCUAAUUCGGAAAAGCUUGUGGUUGUCAUUACUCAAGCAAAAAUCAAACCAGCUGCAGGUGAAUGGCCAGUUUCUGUUUCUAAUACGUGGAAUGGUACAAAGUUGAUAAUGGAAAGUGAUUUUCCUCAAAUAGUUGAUUUUAAGAAACGAAUGAAGGAGUAUAGGCUCCAGGUCCAGGUCUGUGAUGAUUCAAACAAUUAUGCUAACUUUGUUGUAUGGGACCAAGAAUGUAGCAACAUUAUUGGGUUGUCUGCUGCUGAUUUGCAGAAACAAAUGAUUGAGGCUGGUGAAGAUGAUCCCCUUUGCUUUCCUGAUGCAUUGGAUGUAAUGCUAGGCUGUACCUUUGCUUUUAAAGUUCGAACGCAACCAAGAACUAAGUGUGCAUCUGUCAUUAAAGUUUCAAAUGUUUCAGAAAUAGUGGCACAUGUUAAAAGUCUUAUUCCUCCACUUCAAAUUGGUGAUGGUACUGAUAAACGCAGUAUGGAUUUGGUUUCUGAGAGUUCCAGUGUUAUGGUUUCAGAAUUACGUGGGAAAGCUAUUUGUAAUUUGGCUGCAGACAUUGAUACUGAUAUAAUGAGUUUGAGCGCAACUGGUGAUAAUGAGUCGGAUUAUGUUGUAAUUGGAACUCCAGGAAAGAGGUUAUUGCCAUGUAAUGAAAAUUGGAAUGAAUCUUCUCAGGACAUCGAUUCUGCUCAACUAUCCAGCACUAAGAUGAAGAAGCUUAUUAAGAAGGAGAAAACUUAA